GAGAUUUUGAAGUUAUGUUGCAGAUAUGUUGAAUAAAAUCCGAAUUUUCUUCGUUUUGAUGGUAUACGCAUCUUUCGCAAGUGCGAUGAUGAUGGGAGGUCAUGGAAAACCGAAGAUUUUGAUAAGAAUAGGUAUUCUUCAUGAUAAUUCUGAAAAAUAUCUGGCAGAUGAGAUUGAAAACGCACUGAAGAGUUAUACCGAUAAAUAUCAAAUUUCUGAUAUUUUGUCAGUACAGUCAACAAAAUUUGACAUCGACUUCACGGAAAAUCUAGCAGAUAUUCUCAAGAAUUCAAAACUGACAGCGGUGUUUGUUUCAUCUCGUCAUGUCAAGUGUGCGGCAAUUGAAUCUUUGUUCCAGAUUUUGCCAUUUUUCUUUGUGUCUGGUACAGAAACUUCUUGCGAUAGUAAUUUGCCCUAUAGCAGAGCGAUCUACAUGUUUCCAAGUGACUCCGUCUUGACAGCAACAAUGUUGAAAGCCAUGGUUGAAUAUGAAUGGACAUCAGCAGCUGUACUUUAUCAGAAUAACGACGAAAUAAAGUAUACAUUCCAAGAUAUGCAGGACGUUCGCGAUAAAGGAAUUGAUAUUGGUGCAUAUGAGGCAGUUGGGAAUGAUGAUAGUAUACGUCAAAAAUUAAUAGCUGCGAGAAGAAAAGGAUACAGGACAUACGUUCUUGUUUGCUCGUAUACAAGAUUAUUGCAAAUUAUGACAAUAGCUCGUCAACUUCGAUUAUCAACAAGUAACAAUCAUUGGUUUAUUCCGAACGUGCUUUUGAAUCCACACGUUCUUCACGAAUUCUUGAAAGAUGGAGUGAGCAUAACAUUUCUGCACAGUCCUCUGGUUACACCACUCACAUUGGAAAUACUCAAAAAGAAUGCAAGCUUAUCAGAAAAUGGACAUGAAUUGUUCACGAAUGUUGUUUUGGGUUUGAUGAACAUUGCUAUGCGUUCAAUCAUAGAAGCUUGUACAGAGUCUAAAAAAGUCCAUCAUAUGUACAAAGAAGAAGAUGGAGUUUGCCUGUCAAACAUGAACAGCGGACACAGCUCAUAUUUGUUCUGCGGACCAGAUAUGACAGUAAAUGGUACCUAUUCUGCGUCAGAAGAUGAUUCAUUUCCAUCAACAACUGCUGCAACUGAGUCUAAUGUUUCAUCAAGUCCGACCACUAAAUCAGAAUCCCACUAUUCAAAGCGAGUAGAAUUUGACGCAAGUUGUAUUAUUUAUGAAAUCAAUUCAACCGACAUCCAACAAUCUGGGGGUGGUGGUUCUGAAUCUUCUUCUUCUGGACAUGAUCACGCGCGUCGGAGGAGACAAUCAGGGGCUCACGGUGAAAUGGGCAUGAGUAACUCCGCUAAUACCAGCACAAACACAAUGGAUUCCAAUAAUGGAAUGCAUGACAGUGGUGGUCCACCAGCGCACGGUGAUGAUGACGAUCAUGACGGAUCUCCGGCGGAAGAAAUGAGCUCACACGCUGGGCAUGGAGAUGAACUGUUUUCUAUAGCUGCUAACUUUAAUCCAUGCAAAUACGAAUCUGUCUUCAAAUGGAAUUACAACCCAGGAACUUGCAGCGAAACGUUUUUCACCCAUCUAAAUCCAAUGGAUUCAAAUACUGUUUUUGUUGUGGAACAUGUUCACGUGAUGGACGAAAAUGGAAACGGAAAACAUGAAUUGCUCUCUGUUGGUGGAUAUAUCGGGAGUCGUGGAGAAAUAACUGUAACUUAUCCUACAUUUAAAAUAUCGCAUAUUGUUCUUCCUGAAAGAGAUUUCGUUUUGGGCGUUCUCUGGAGCCCACCUUGGUUGUCGUGGAAAACUGAUCCAGUGACAAAUAUGCCAGUUCCCGGUUCUUAUACGGGUUUUUUGUAUGAAUUAAUCGUGGAGCUUUCGUUGUCAGUAGGGUUCAACUUUACUAUUUAUGAACAAUCUGCAAUUGAAUUUGGAGAAGGAUACAAUCACUCGCUACAGUAUAUCGAAUCUAGAAUUAAUGAGCUCUUUGACAACAAUACGUGCGAUAUAUUCCUUUGGGCUAAAACAAUUGAAGGAAACAGAAUAAUGUUGGAGAAUACUUUCGGAAUAACUACAGCAUUUCAACAGCCCAAAAUGUAUUUGUUAACCGAGAGAGUAGAAAGAGAUCAGAAUGUCAGUAUUUGGCAGUUUUUAGCUCCGUUUAGAGAAGAGAGUUGGGUGGUUCUCUAUACUUCUCUUCUCGUGGUAUCUCUUCUUAUGACUUACAUCAAUAAUAAGAAUCCAAACGAAUUUCGAAGAGCAGCCAGAGAUUUGCGAGAAGGGGCGAAGCACUCUGAACACAUGGGAAUUAUGAAUAGUCUCUGGUUCAAUUUUGCAGCUCUCGUACAGCAAUCGUCUCAACUCUUACCAUAUUCAGCAUCAUUGAAGGUCUUGAGUGGAAUAUGGUGGUGCUUUGUGAUGUUAGUUGUGUCUGCAUAUACCGCAAGCAUGAUAUCGUUCAUGACACAAACAGACAAUGCAGGUAUCACGACUUUAGAAGAGUUGGUUGGCCAACAAGAGUAUGAUUAUGGUAUGAUGGAGUCGAAUCCGAUGCUUUCCAAGUUCUUGCCUCAAGCAAGAGAUGCACCAUAUAGUUCAAUGUGGGAACAUUUGAAAAAAAGAUACAACACAAGCAUAUCUAAAUCAAUUGAAGACGCAUUAGAUAAAAUAACUUCUGGAAAAUUUAUCAUGAUUGCUUCAUUCAAAGAAGUCGUUACCGCUAUAAAAGAGAGCUGCAUUUACGACAUGGUGGGCGAUGGGUUUUACAAAUACCAAUUCGGAUUCCCAGUCCCACAAGGCUGGCAGUUUCUUCCAAUGAUCAACGACCACUUGGCGAGAUUAUACGACAAAGGUAUUAUCUCACAACUGGAACGCGAAUGGUUUGGUGAUCUAGAAGCGAGAUGUGAGACCGAUGCCAUUCCAGCUACUGCAAAAGGUCAACUCGAUCUGAAAGCCUUUAUUGGAAUGUACGUAUUUCUUAUAUUCGGAGUGACGGGUGGAAUCAUUGUUUGUAUAUGCGAGACAUCUUAUGUUAAAUAUGGAGGAUUUGGAGGUUUUAUUGGCAGAGCUAACAAAUACGAGUUUCGUAACAAUCACGCAGAACACCAGAAACCCGACAAGGUGAUGGAAAAAGAGUUUGAAAAUUGGCCAGGUGGAUGGGAAGUGAUCAAACACAGGCCAUUUGUUAACACGGUGUCUGAUAUUUUAGAGAACUCAUUUGCUCCUUGCACUGGUUGUGGCCAAUUCGGGAAGACUGACACUGGAAGCAAAAAUUCAAGAUCUUCUACAUCUACACAGCUAACGGAGCAUGAGUGCUAAUAAAAACGCUGAUAAAUAAUAUACCUUAUCACAUUCUUGAAAUCUACUACUCAAAAUCAAUAGUUCCAUUAGGGGACAGAUUUUUCCCCUUCUUCAUAUGAAAUUACGUGAAAUGAUAUAUUUAUUAAUAUUUAACUCUUGGUUACAUGCAAGAUCGUAGCCACCCAAAUUGUGGAGGGGGGGGGCAAAAUUUUUUUUAUUAUAAUUUGGUAAUACGAAUCUCACUCGUACCUUUUGGUCCGAACAAGGCUCCAUAAAGACAGCCACUGAUAUCUCGAAAUAGACUCUCUACAGACUUACUUUGCUGUCGAAGUGAUCCAAGCUAUAUAUAUAAGCGCGCUUUUUCAUCUAUCUCGGUUGGUUCAUUUGGAGAAAGGAUUAUUAAUAGUGUAGCGAGUACAUGAAGAUAGUUAAUGUGUAUUUCGAUACUUUUUACCGCUUAUUGUUAAUAGUGCAUGUAAUUCACCCGAAAAAAGGUCGCUGCCCGAUUUCAUUUUCUUUCAUGAUAUUUUCAUGCAAUCUUUUUUGCGAAAAAGUUGAUGACGUACUUUCACCCUCGCUCAGGUGUUGCUUGUUUUGUCGCCCUUUGUAAGUUAGAAAAUUGGUUUCAUUACAUAUAUAUAAUAUAAUUGAGGCUUUGAGUGUAUUAAAGUUAAUAGUUAUUUGGAUCAAUUCGUUUGUGCAACUUUACAAUAU